GUUCACAAUGAGCAGAUGCACUGAACAACACGCUACCCCACGUAGCUUAGUUAGCGCGACUCACAGCCUCGGUACAUCACGUAUGCAUUGAUACAACUUCGGAUGGCAACAUCAGCACCGAGGUCGCUACAUGAGCAGUCGUGAACCGCGAUUAAUCAACAUUCCUCCAUAAUAACACACUGUCGCCAUUAUCGCUAAGUGUAACGCUCCAUCCACACAGUCAUCAUGGCAUCCGCAGAACAAGAUGUGCAGCUGCACGACUUCACCAACAUCUUCAGCUUGAAAGGCAAAGUCGCAGUCGUAAGCGGCGGAUCUCGAGGACUAGGUCUACAUGCAGCAUCAGGCCUCAUGCAAGCUGGCUGCUCCAAGAUCUUCAUCACCUCCCGUAAAGCCUCAGCCUGCGAUGCCGCCGUCGCAGCCCUGAAUGCGCUCCCCAACAAAUCGCCUGGCGCGGUUGCCAUCUCUAUUCCUGCGGACAGCUCCAAGGUCUCCGAGAUCGACCGUCUCGUGCAGGAAGUCAGCAAACACACUGAUCACGUGGACAUUCUCUUUGCCAAUGCAGGAGCGACCUGGGGCAGCAAGUUUGAGGAGGCGGAUGAGAAGAACGGAUGGAAUAAGGUUAUGGACUUGAACGUCAAGGGGGUAUUCUUCACAAUCCAGAAACUCACACCCCUCCUCACAAAAUCCGCAACAGUCCAAGAUCCCUCGCGCGUCAUUGUAACAGGCAGCGUGGCAGGAAUCGGCGUGGGAUCUCUCGGCGAGACAGGCUCUUGGUCGUACUCCGCUUCCAAAGCCGCAGUUUUGCAUCUUGCGCGCAAUCUUGCCGUUGAACUAGGACCCAGACACAUUCUUGUCAACGGAAUUGCACCCGGUUUCUUCAUGAGCAAGAUGGCAGGUGUACUGAUGGAAAAGGCUGGAGGUGAGGAAGCGCUCGGAAAGAGCAACCCGAACGGUAGGGUAGGAAAGCCAGAGGACAUCGCAGCUGCGGUUGUGUACUUGAGUAGUAGAGCUGGUGGCCACGUUAACGGAGACACAAUCGUGCUCGAUGGCGGCAAGAUCCACGGAAGUAACAAGUUGUAGAAUUCAGGAAAGACUAGGCUUCGCCCUCAGGAAUACGCAUCCCAUGCAUUCCCCUAUACCCACUCUUCUCAGGCUUCUUCCACCCCUCCAACACCUGCCCUUUGACCUCUUCCUUAAUCUCAUACACCUCCACUCUAAUAGGUCGACAGGUACUCU